AGUUGCGUAGAAUGGAACGUUACGUUUGCUUCUUUGUCGAGUUGCACAGAUGGCGCUUCGAAAUUUGUAAACUGCGUAUGGCGAAUUGACGUUUUUGGUUAUUUUUGUUCUCGCCUCGUGUUUACUUUAGUGUCUAAUUUCGGUCCAUUUGUAAAAAUUUCGUUGUGCAAUAUCAAAAACCUUCAAAGUCCGUCCGGGGACAUAUUUUACGCUAUCGUAUAGUAUCGAUCCGCGCUUCUCGACUAGGUAUAUGUAUACAGUUUUAUCACGUGGUGGUGUGAUUUAUAUAAUUGUUGUUUACUGUAGGAGUAGAAAGUUUGCGCAUGUGCGUCCCCUCAGUAACCUCAAAGCGUAGAAGGGACACGUAGGGAGUCGUCGGGCCUGUGAUGCGGCAUCGCGGCGAGGCCGCGCGCCCCGCGUGUGCACUGUGAGCGCCAUGGCCCAGACGCAGAUCUCGCAGAGCUCGGAGAGCGACGCGUGGCGCGCGCUGCUGUCGCUCAAGUCGGCGCCGCCGUCGCCCUCCAAGGUGCAGUGGGCGCAGGAGCCGGCCGCGGUGGCGAUCGCGCGCCUCGACGGCCGCGACUUCGAGUACCUCAUCCGGCAGAAGAGGGUGAUCAUCGGCCGCAACUCGAGCCGCGGCCAGGUGGACGUGAACAUGGGCCACUCGAGCUUCAUCUCGCGGCGCCACCUGGAGCUGUUCUACGACCACCCGGAGUUCUACCUGACGUGCAACAGCAAGAACGGCGUGCUCGUGGACGGCGUGUUCCAGCGCAAGGGAGCGGCCGCGAUGCUGUUGCCCAAGAGAUGUACCCUCCGCUUCCCAUCCACCAACAUCCGGCUGGACUUCCAGUCGCUGGUGGAGGAGAGCGGCGGCGGCGCGGGCGGCGCGGGCCCGCCGCUGCCGCCGCUGCGCAUCACCAUCCCCAUGGACAACGACGGCCGCAGCCCCGCGCCCUCCCCCACCGGCACCAUAAGCGCCACCAACAGCUGCCCGACGUCGCCGCGGGGCGCGGGCUCGUCCGGGCGCCGGCACCCCGACCUGGGCCUCGUGGCGCAGUACGCGGCGCUGGCGGACCAUCGCCCCAACUCCAACGGCACUGCGGCUUCAUCCACAUCAGAUUCCGGCUUCAACUCUCGGGACGCCAGGGAUCGCGAUCAUCGAGAAGGGCGCGACGACGCCAAGCCACCCUACAGCUACGCGCAGCUGAUCGUGCAAGCGGUGGCGUCGGCGCAGGACAAGCAGCUGACGCUGAGCGGCAUCUACAGCUACAUCACCAAGCACUACCCCUACUACCGCACCGCAGACAAGGGCUGGCAGAACUCCAUACGUCACAACCUGUCGCUGAAUCGAUAUUUCAUCAAAGUGCCGCGCAGUCAAGAGGAGCCCGGCAAGGGCAGCUUCUGGCGCAUCGACCCUCAGAGCGAGGGCAAGCUGAUCGAGCUGGCCUUCCGCCCGCGCCGCCCGCGCGGCGUGCAGUUCCGGGCCCCCUUCGGCCUCUCCUCCAGAAGCGCGCCCACGUCGCCGUCGGCGGUGGGCAUGUCGGGGCUGGUGACGCCCGAGGAGCUGUCGCGCGAGCCCACGCCCGACCUCUUCACCGGCGAGGAGCAUGAACAGGCGGGGCAGCAGCGGCUCAACAACAACGGCGGCAGCAGCAGCCAGUCCACGCAGUACCUGUUCCCUCAGCGCAGCACCGUCAGCCAGAGCGCGCCCGGCUCGCCCGGCGCGGGGCUGGCGUACAGCGCGGGCGGCGGCGGGCUGGUGAUGGCGGGCCACCAGAUCACCGUGGUCACCAACGGCGCGGGCGGCGAGAGAGAAGAGAAGUACGUGGUGAACACGUCUGGCGGCGCGCUGGUGUCGCUGCCCGACGAGGAGGUGCAGGCCGCCAACCUGCUGCUGCAUCAGCACGAGCCCUACUACGCCGGCUACGGCGGCGACGAGGGCUGCGGCGCGCUGGGCGGCGAGCUGGUCAUCGAGGAGGCGCCCGACGACCCGCCGCACAAGCGCGCCAAGCAUCACCACGUGUCGGACAUGGACGACCGGCGCGCGUAUUGACGCGGCCCCGCCCCCGCGCGCCGCCAGCUGCGCGAUAACGUCUGUCGCGCGACACCGCCGCCGCAUCGCGGACACAUCCUCCACUACAGACUAAGUGUUACUAUACGCUAAAUACAUUGAACAUGAAGUAUAUUGGCCGUUCGGACACUCGAUCACGUUCUGCGAACCUUUGUGGCGUCGCUGCGCAUGCAAUAUUCGCUGUCAUUUUUUUUUAAAUUUUCAUUUUUGAUGUCAUUUUCACCCUAUUCUGGCGAAGCCUAAAGGGGGGAAAGCUUCCCCAAAACGUCGCGGGUGUCACUAGGUACAUAAAAUUCUUAAAAAAUCAAAAUGGCGGAUUUUAUACACUAAAAUGUGCCGGCUGAAAAAGAUGCAAACCGCAGUCUGGCGUUUUGAAAAGUUUUUGAAAAAAUUACUUGUUUUCAAAACGAGGUUCUUUGGAAAAAAAUUUGUUUUCAAAACGCGCGUGUGGAUGUAGAACCUGUUGUUGAGCGCGUGUUAGCUAACCUGGUAGAUAACCUGUUUUGCGAUGUAAUUUUGAUCUUUUAAGUAAAGCAAUUUUCAGAAAAUCACAAGUUUCAGGAGGGACGACUUUUUAUUUUAAAAUUUGUUUUGUUUUUAGGAUAAAAUCACAUGGCUACAAUUAUUAUCUUUUGAGCUAGCACACGUGCUAAAGAAGAUAGUUUGCAGGCCCACCCGCCUUUUAGAAUUGAACAAAAUGGCAUCAAUAACAAAAAUUACAAAAAAUCUCAUAUCGGAUUUAGCAUGCGCGGUGAUGACACAGCCAGAUAGGCGACCAACGACUACUAGCUGCUAGUUGUCGCGAAGUCGGUCAAACGUUCCGAUGACGUCACAAGAACAUGUGGUGAUGUGAUAUCGUUAUGUUGGGGAUUAUUUACGUCUCAAAUAUAUAUUUUUUUUUUAAUUCUAGGAAUAAUCUCAAGAUUAACUAUAUAAUCAUUGACAGAUAUGUUGACUUUAGUCUGUUUGUAAAUUACAAUAGUACACGUUAUUUAGCAAAACAAUCGACGGACGUUAUCGCGGCGAACCUCCAGUGGGGGGUAACAACAAAUUGACAUUUUGAACCCCUUUGAUUUGACAGUUUUACAGUGAACUUUACAAUAAAGUGUUAAGAGUAAAGUGUCGAGUUCUCGUUUCGAGUGGAUUUUAGUUUUACGCUGAGUAAGGCAUAUUGCGUUAUUUUUCCUUUAAUUUUAAGUUUCAAUUUGUUCGUGACGUCACCGCGAUGUCGAGUACGCGUUAUUAUUACUUUUUAAUGUUUCGUAAUACAUCCAUUUGUAUGUUUGACUUUGUACAGCUGCGACUUCGAAAAUAUUUUUUUGAAUAUUAGGACUAUUCAUUAAUUGGUAUACUUCAAGAUCUUGUGAGUUUAUUAAGUGCCCUUGUAGAUUAGAUCAUUUUUUUUACACAAACAGUUUAUUUUUGUGUGCAGUCACAUAGGUCAAAUUCCAUGCGAUUUAAACUUGCCCACAUUCAGUUUGUUGAAAAGAAAUGGAAUUUUUCUUGGUCCCAUGGCUCACGACCUUAUACGUGUCAGAAAAGAGGGCUCAAAUAAGUGAAGCUCAAUAACAUGUUAUCACAUAACACAUAAAGGUAACGUCAGACUUUGAGAAACUGUCAAAUACGUGCAGGAAGGAGUCUGUCAAAAAUGGCUACCGAUUGAAAUUGAAGUGUGUCGUAAUGGAUAGCUCCUCAAUACGAGAAUUUUGCAAAUUUAGUUUAAUUUCAAAUGCAAUAUUUUAUUUGAAUAGUUUAGAAAUGAAUAAAGUACACUUGUAUAGUAUAGAAUAUAAUAUUCCAGUCUCACUAUAAUCGUUAACCAAAAGUGCAAUCAUACAGAAGGUAAUAUUAUUAUUUUAUUAUGUUAGUUCAUACUACCCACUACAAAAUGUAACAUUAUAUAGAAUCUGGCAAGGUUUGCUGGCGCACCAAACCAAUAAAUUAUAAUAUAUUCCAAAAUUAAAGUUACUUCAUAUAACAUUUGAUAAUAAAUUGAUUUUUUUUGAAACGUUGUUAUAACCAAAUUGUACACUUACUUAUAACUCAACUUGAUCAAUAAAUACAUUUUUGACCGGAAACUGAACAUUUUAAUUGACAGAUCGCAACCAAUUAUCAUGCUUGCUAGAUCUUAUUACUCGUAGGUCUCUACCGAGCAUGCGGAAUCCCGACCCUAGAAAUUUGGCUAGAUUUUUAACUGACUUCCAAUAAGAAGGUGGGUCUCAAUUCAGCCCGUUUUUUUCUAUGUAUGUUCACCGAUUUCUCUAAGAUUUCUGGACCGAUUUGCAAAUAUAUUUUUUGUUGGACAACAUUAUAAAUCUGAAGUAAAACUACAUUUUUAUCGCCGUUAUUAGGGUCGAUGUAUCGCCUCUCCGAUCUUCAUCACAAUGUACGUAUACUGUGAACCAGGUUUUGGUUACCGUAUGUAACCUAGAUUUGACAAAAUAUACGCAACGUCGAAUGUGUUCCGCGAUUGGACAAAAAAAUUAACAGAUUUUUCAGUUAAAAACGUUCCUUUUGAAAGUUUUUAACGAAUUUUUCUUGUACGUAAUGAAGUAAAAGACGAGAAAAUAUACGAAUUUUGAACGAAGUACAACAUUUACAUUAAUUAACAAUUAAUAUUCGUAUAAUAGAGGAAUUAAUGUUAAAAAAGAAAUACUUUAAUGUAAUAAGUAAUUCUGUUUUGUAUUUGGUAUAGUUCUAUUGUUGAAAUUUUCGAAAAGAAUAAGUAUACCUACCUACUUAAAAUUUUGUCAUUUAAAUAAUAUUGAAAAUUCUAAUAGGAAAAUAAUGCUAAUUAAUGAAAUCAGUGUUUCACACCUUCAGGGCGCCGUGAAUCCCACUUCUGAUUUACUACAUGUACGGUCAAAGGCCGUAAGUCGUUUAGCACCCUAAUGAUCAUAUUCGCGUGACACGGUUUUGCACAUGCGUUAGGUGUGUGUGGCGUGUUUAUAGGAAAAGCUCAUGAGUGCGAGAGAUUUUUGAUGCAAUAGUUUCGCGGAGUUGCUACUCGAAUUCUGAGGCCGACCGUACGUAACUUUCUUACUCGAAUAAAUUAAAUAAAAGUAUUAAAUAAAGUCAAUUUAAAUGCAGUGCAGUUUUCUUUCAAGUCUGAAUAAAUAACAUGUAUUGUUUUAGAAUAAUCAUUGUGAGCUGCACCUCGUACUGAAAGUGUGAAACGUCUGGAUUUUUUGAAUAGUUUGUCGUUUCUGACUACUUACAUAUUAACUAAACUCCAAGUAUGUAGUAGAAUUUACAAUUUUCUAAUGUAAUUUACAAAGUUGCAAAAUAUUAAUAAAUUGAAAAUGUAUUAAAUUGAAAAAAUAUUAAAUUGAAGUGUGAAUACCGAUAAUUGCCUCUAAAAUAUAAAAUGUAUGAAUGCUCGAUUAAGAGUACACUUCUCGUUAUAGACCGUUGUUCCUUAUCUUGAAGAAAGGGUCAACAAGUAGCUUCUCGCUGAAACGAUUUGCCGACGACCUUGUUACCGCGAAAUGACAAUGCAAUCUUGAUACAAGUGGAAAACCUAACUCUAGAAGGUCUGAAGCGCCGGGCAAAGCGCGUCGCUUACGCGUUUCUCCAAGGUUUCUGCGAUUUUAAGCAAACUAAGGAAAAAGCAACUAUAAUUGCGUGUAAAUUACGUACGUUGCGUGCAACAAUACCAUAAAUUCAACAAUCCAACCACAACAAUUGUGAUUGUAAUAAUGAUAGAUGCAGGUGUUUUGAAAUCGACCAGCUGGUCUUCUAGCUUUCACGAUGUGCAGGACAUUUGGUAUGCAAAUGUAAUUUUGUCACCCAAAUGUGAGCUUUGAACAUUUUAAGCAACAGAAAUAGUUCUCAUCUGUUAUUUGAUGUUUUUUACAAGUCUUUAAAUAGUAUGGGUACUGUUUACAACAAUUGCUGUAUGUUGCUUAUUUGAAAAAUGUCGAAAAAUAAUAUCCUUUUUUGCUUGGCUACAUAGACAUAUUGCGUAGUUUAACAAUUCACGCGGCAUUGAUUCGCAAUAGCCAUGUGAAAAAAUACCUUUUUAGUGUUUAAGCUUCGAUCUAAGUCUUAUUUUUAAAGCAAAAAAAACGAUCAAAUUAGUUUAGUUCCACACAAACACUAACACUUGCAAAAACAAUUCGGUAAUUUGAUUAUUAUUUGUCUGACCUCAAAUUAACAGAAUGUAUUACAUCGUAUACUGAAUAUUGGAUAUAAUACCGAAGUUUACAGAUUAUGUGACACUGAAAUUGACAGUACAACUUUCAACUCUACUACGCCUGGGGUUGGCACACUAAAGUUUUCUCAUUUUUGACCACAUCGUACCGACUCUAAAACGACAUUCAAAGCGUCGAUAACAUACUAGGUCUCCCGAUGCGUACAAGCUCGCCGAUGUUCUAGCAAAGUCUAUUCAUUGUAUUCUCUAUCGAACUCGCUCGUCGAACAUGUAUGUGCUUGUGGAGCUAGCCAAUAGUUUACUGGAGCGGAUAAUAUUUUUGUUAAAAAAAAGUUUAUCAACUCUGUUUCGAUGUAAAAUAUGAAAUAUUAUAUUAUAUAGGAGUAAUUAAAUAAAAUUAAAAUAAUAUGAUUAUAUUACUAUCGAUAAUAAAUAAAAUUUGUAAACUAAUGUUUAUUUUAGUGGUAUGUUAUAUUAUUAUAUAGUAUGAUAAAAUAUUUAGUGAAGAGCACGCAAGUGAAUAAAGCUUGGAUUAUUGUGUAACUUAGCAUUUAAUAUGUGAAGUAUGGAGGCUUUAGAACGACGUGUUUGUAUUUGGUAGCGCUCCCGUACGGUUUGCUCGCAGUCGGCCUAGCCGAUACGAGUUAUAUAUUUAGAAUACAUUUGUUUUGUGUGUACGUUAGACAUACGUUUGCCCUUUAGUGUCUUAAACGGCUGGACCGAUUAUGAUAGAGUUAGGUCAAUGCUGUUUGUCAUUAUUUGGUAUAAGAAUUUGGUUGCGUGUCUGUGUGUGUGUGCGUGUGUGCGUGUGUGGACGAGUGCGUGGGCGCCGGUGUAAUAUUGAGAGUUGUGAAGUUUUCGUUUAAGGUUAAAAUGUUUUAAGUUUCUUCCAAAUAGGUCCAGUGAGUUUUUGUUGUGACGAAUUGUAUUGAGUCAAAACCAAGUUUAAAGACAAAGGAGCGGUUAGGGUGGACACCAUACGUGCAGACGACGGAUCAUAGGGGUGGUUGUUAAAAACUUGUUUUUCUCCUCAAAACCAUUUCUACGCUUUAACUGCGAUUUAGCAGAAAUGAAACCUGUUUUAAAUAAUACUUUCUUCUUAAUUCUAAUUAUUUAUCUUUGUAAGUCAAUGAUUUUUAUGUUAAAAAUAUUGUAAUAUUUACUGUACAUUUCAAUUAAAUUCUCUUAAUUGCGUAAUUCGUAAUAAACAGCUGAAGUAUGUAACGAAGUAAGUUCUAAUAUUUAAUUUUAACUUAUUUUUCAACUGCUAUACGCUGCUACUUAUGACUAUGUAAAUAAUGUUUGAUUUUGUAGUUUUAACAACUAUCUCAAGUCGUCAUGUAUAAAUUCACACGCAUUGGGUGACGAUCGAUUAAUGUAAAUUAUAAGGCAUUCAAAAUGCUAUAGGUACAUUAUGGCAGAGGAUUCUUAUACCAAUAUAAACUUUAACGUUAUAAAAAUUAGAUCCAUAUUCGAAUGGCGAAACACGUAGUAUAUGUACUAAGUAAAUACAAUUUUUGUUGAGUAUUUUAACGCAUGUUUCACCAGACACACGCACAUUAGAGAAAACAAGGGUGUCCCAAUACUUUUUUUUUUAAAUAUUUUCGGUCACAGUAAUCUUAUAGAAUAUUUUUAAUGUAAAAAAUACUUUUGUUAUGGAAAGUAAGUCGAGCACAUAAUAUAGUCUUUUUAUUUUGUAAAUUUGAUGAAUAAAAAUACUUUUCAUAGAAAUUGAGUUAUUGUUCCUAUAACGUCACCAGUAAUGCCUGAUCCAAUCAAGAGAUAUUUUCUAUCUCUGCCCUUCAAAUCUGAUCUGUGUGUGUGUGUCCGGUAGGACGUGUGCCGUCAGGAUGUGUGUACGGUUGUACACGUCUGAUUUAUUAUUGACAAAUUUUAAGAAAUAAACGUAUUUUAUCUCCUU